AUGAGCAAUGCGCUAUCCGAACCUCGCUACGUGCGCUACGACAACUCGCGCGAAAACGAGUAUGUCGCCGCGAUGCGCCAGCUGAUCUCCAAAGACCUGUCCGAACCAUACAGCAUCUACGUCUACCGCUACUUUCUAUAUCAAUGGGGUGACCUGUGUUUUCUCGCGAUGGACGAAAAUGACGAAAUGGUCGGCGUCGUGGUUUCAAAACUAGAACCACACCGCGACGGCCCGCUGAGGGGGUAUAUCGCCAUGCUGGCCGUGCGCGAGGAAUACCGAGGGCGGGGAAUUGCGACGAAGUUGGUGCGAAUGGCUAUCGAUGCCAUGAUUGAGCGGGAUGCAUAUGAGAUUGUUCUCGAGACCGAAAUUACCAAUACUGGUGCGAUGAAGUUAUACGAGCGAUUGGGGUUCCUUCGGAGCAAGCAGCUUCAUCGAUAUUAUUUGAAUGGCAAUUCGGCGUAUCGGCUUGUGCUUUAUCUUAAGGAGGGCAUGGGUGCGGCUAGGACGGCUAUGAUGGAUCCUUAUGCUUCUCUUCCUCUUCCGCCGGCACCUGGAUUGCCUGAUGCGUGCGCUGGACAUUCUCAUGCGAAUAUGGGGACGUUACUGUAA